AUGUCCGUCCCGGACCGGACGAGAUCCUGCCGCCACUCCUGGCCAGUGGCGUCGCACCACGUCACCUCCCCGCCGCCUCCGCCGUCGGGCCCGCCCGUCCCCGCGCCGGGCCCGAGCGCCCCCGUCCUGCCCGAGCUCCGCGCCGCCCUGCGCCCUUCGCCCCGCCGCCGCGUCGUCAGCCGGCCACCGCGCGCCUCGCCGGUGCCGCGCGCGCCCGUCGCCACGAGCCCCGACACCCGUCGCCUCCAGCGCCGGACCCCGCCGUCGCGCCCUCCGGCGUCUCCCUGCCUCCUCCCGUCGGCGCCCGACCCCGCCGAGCCUCCUCCGCCGCCGGGCCAGCUCCGCCGUUGGCCAGGUCGCCGGCCGCCGCCCCGCGCCAUGGCCGCGUCCGCCUCGCCCUCCUUCGCCUCCCCGCGCCGGGAUCCGGCCGGAUCCGGCGAGAUCCGGCCCGGAUCCGCCAUCUCCGGCGAGCCCCACCUCCUUCCGGAUCAUCAGGAAACGAUUGGGCGGACAUGGCUAGUCUCUCCUCCCCCCUCCCUCCCCUCCUCUGGCACCCAACCACCCCGCCCCCGACCAAACUUCGGUCGCCGCAAGCUCUCCCCCCAUGGCCACACGCCCACCCCCCACCGCACGCUCACCACCAGCCCUCUGGAUGCACUGCUCCCCACUGUUGCGCCACCCCCAUCGCCUUUCUUUGACCUCCCCUGCGUCAAAGCUGGGCAGGUGGCUCUCCGCUGCUUCCUGGGCUGUGGCAACGCCAUGGGCCUGGAGUUCGAAGAUGAUUGCAGUUACUAUUGUCGUCUUGCAGUCACUACGCCGGAGCUGCACCUGGCAUCGCCCCUCUACAUUGUCUUCGAGUUCUCCACCUGCCACCUUGACGCCAUCACCGUCGCUGCUCUUCUCCAAGCUGCCCUUGGCGGCUAUGCCACGGAUUUCUUCGUCGCCAUGUGCUCCCCCCUUGUCUUCCGCUUCCAUGUAGCCUCCUCGCGGGUCGCGGAGAUCAUCCUAGCCCAAACUACGACCCGCCACCGCAACUACGCCUUCUCCUUCCCACCCGACCCGAACGACACAAGCAGAAAAAAAAGAAAAACAACGCCCCCCACGCCCACCACUCGACCACCUCUCUGUCUCUCUUCCUCCACCACCGACGCCUCCCCCAAUUCCCCACCACCAACCACCUUCCUCUCCUCCCCCGGCGCCGCCCCCUCCAGCCUCAUCCCCCGGCGCCGCCACCCUCCAGCCUCAUCCCCCGACGCCGUCCCCUCCAGCCAUCUUCCCCUGGCUCCGCCCCCUCCCCACCUCCCCUCCAGCCAACUCCCCAGCCACUGGCCGCACCAGUGCCGCGGCACUAGACGGCUGGCGCCACGACGCCCCCGAACGGUGCGCCUACCCUCCGCCACCCAUGGCACAGUGCGCAGGCGGCGGUGCCUCCAAGCAACCCUCCCCGACCUGCCGCUAGAUGGGAUCCGGUCUGCUAGGCGCCGGAUCCAGGCCACAUCGGGCCCCCGCGACGAUCUGCUGCCGGAGCCAAGCCGCGACGGCCCCCCGCGUCGUCGCCCCACCUGCUCCCCCCCCGCCGCCGCCCCACCUGCUCUACCCGCGUCGCCGCCCCACCUGCUCCCCCGAGCUGCCCCUGCUCCGGCCCUGGCACUGCCCCUGCCCUCCGUCUCCUGCUCCCCCCGAGUAGCAGGCUCGUCACGUCCCCCGGCGGCCUUCCGUGCAGUCCGGCGACCACAUCUGUGCAGCCGCGCGGGACGACCUCAACAGCACCGGUGGCGAGCCGCCCUCCCCUCUCUCCUUUGCUUCUUCCUCCUCUCCCCGCAAACUCCCUUCGGCGAGGUUCAGUACAUGGCCAUCCCCGGCGGCUCGCGUGCAGUUCAGCCAGCGACGGCGUGUAGUAUGGCGUACGACGGCAUGCAGUUCCGCGACCCUCCCGUGCACCACGACAACGACGAGGAGCAACGUGGAUGGGAGUGGACUGCAUCCCAGGUCGUACGUUCACGCAGCAAACCACCACCCCGCACCCUGCGGUCUGCUCCCUCGCCGGUGGUGGAUCCAAGCUCAUCUACGCCCAUGCAGUCCACUGCAUCCGUGAAGUUUGGUUCUCUUUUUAGCUUUCAAAUUUAUUGUGUGCCGUAG